AUGAGUUUCGAGUUCAUCGCACUUUCGACGGUCAUCCUUCUGCUGCUUGCUCAGCUCCCAAUCCUUGGUUUUUACAUCCGAUCCGUCUACUAUGGUCUGUGUCUGAUAAUCGGAGGACUGAUAGGCGGAAUCGCAUCUAUCCCCUUCGGAAAGUCUACAAAUAAUCAUUUGUGAGUUCCAUUCGCUCCGCUCAAUGUAUAAAACGGACGUAGUUUCCAGCCGGAUGUUCAAGAUCUUCCAAACGAUGACGUGGCCGUUGGGUGUCCGAUUUGAGCUCAGAAACAGUGAGAUUUUGAACGACGAGAAGCCGUACAUCAUCAUCGCCAACCAUCAGAGCGCUCUGGAUGUUCUCGGUAAGUCACCUUUCAAAGUUCAUUUGGUUAAGGACAAUAUUUCAGGAAUGUCGUUCGCCUGGCCGGUCAACUGCGUCGUGAUGCUCAAGUCAAGUCUUAAGUAUCUUCCGGGUUUCAACCUUUGCGCCUACAUGUGCGAGUCCGUCUACAUCAACCGGUUCAGCAAAGAAAAAGCGCACAAGACGGUGGACAACACCCUCCACGAGAUCGUUACCAAGAAGGUGAGUGCAAAUUGCAAAAUAUUCAGGGAUUAAAUCAAGAGAGAGAGAGAGAGAGCUAAUAGAAACCAGUUGAAAUUAACAGGUAAUAAGGAAAAGAUUCGGUCUGUGACGGUCCGUUCCUGGAUCAGUUAGGUGAGUGAAGCAGCGCUUCCGAAUCGUCCGACUUCUGACGGAACAUAAUUCGGUGUCACUAGCAAAUGUUUGGAAUCUUACUUUGACAUAACAUUCGAUAACUCGUGCAAGAUUGGUUUGGAUUAGAAUGCAUGGCAUAAGAAGGGUCGUCUGGGCACAUCUCUUUAAGUUCACUUGAAAACGAAUGAUAGAAACACACGAACAUUGAACGACCCUAUGAUCUCCUUGAUUUUCAGAGAAAAGUGUGGAUCUACCCAGAAGGAACCCGAAACGCUGAGCCGGAACUGUUGCCGUUCAAGAAAGGGGCCUUCAUUCUUGCCAAACAGGCCAACGUGAGUUGUUUACUUGUACCGAACUUGAUCAUAACUACUGUUUUGCAGAUUCCCAUCGUUCCGUGCGUCUUCUCUUCCCAUGGAUUCUUCUACAGCCACGUGAGUUGAUUCUCUACAAAUCGGUGGUAUACAAUAGUGAUUUUCAGGCCGAAAAACGACUGACGACGGGUCAUUGCAUCAUUGACGUGCUUCCGGAAGUGGAUUCGUCCGAGUUCGAAACAGUUGACGAGCUCUCCGAUCAUUGCCGGAAGAUCAUGCAGGCUCACCGUGAGAAACUUGACGCCGAGGCUGCCAACCUGAACCUCUAA